AUGGCGUUACUGAUGUUGUCCGACGAAGAAGACGAUGACAGAGCCGCCUUUGCCAUUUCUUUCGCCGGAUUUCUCGUCUCUCGAUUUAGAAAGCAAACGAAAAGAAUCAGACCCAAUUUGCCUCCUCUCCGACCUAAAUCAUCUGAUCAUGAACACAGAGACUCUGCCAAUAAAUCCAUCGAAAAUGGAGAUGCGGAAAAGGAAGAGACUUUAAUCGAUUCCGGCGAGAAAGAUGUGUUUCUUCUACCGGAGUUUGAAGAGGAAGCAAAGAAGUUAGAUUUGUUGGUCUAUGGUGAUGAAUGUGAGACUCCAAAGUCAGAGCUCUCUGUUCCUUUAGCGUUUCCGAGCGAGGAAGAAGCUGAUCACGAGAACGAGAUCAAGCGGUUGAGAAACACGGUGAGAGCGUUGCGUGAGAAAGAGAGAUGUCUCGAGGAGAAGCUGCGUGAAUACUACAACCUCAAGGAACAGCGAAAGAUUGCAAUGGAGCUACGAAGCAGGCUGAAACUAAACCAGAUGGAGACUAAAGUUUUCAACCUCAAGAUCAAGUCUUUGCAAGCAGAGAACGAGAAACUCAAGGCUCAGUGUUUCGAGCAUUCGAAAGCUGGGAUCGAGCUUGAUUUGGCCAAGUCUCAGGUUCAGGUGCUGAAGAGGAAACUCAACAUCAAGACGAAGCAGCACGUUGAUCAGAUCGUGUCGCUUAGAGAACGAGUGUCGAAGCUGCAAGAAGAAGAGAUCAAAGCUGUUUUACCUGACCAUGACGCGAAUAAGAUGAUGCAGAGGUUAAGAGAUUUGGAAAGUGAGAUCAACGAGCUUAGAGACUCCAACACGAAGUUACAUAUGGAGAAUUCGGAGCUCGGUGAUAAGCUCGAGUCUGUUCAAAUCUUCGCAAGUUCGAAGCUUGAGGAACUUCUUGAGGUUGAGACGUUACGAGAAGAUGGUGACAGAUUGAGGAGCGAGAACGAAGAGCUGAAGAAGGAGAUCGAGCAGCUUCAAGGCGAUCGAUGCACUGAUCUCGAGCAGCUUGUGUAUCUGAGAUGGAUCAAUGCUUGCUUAAGAUAUGAGCUAAGAACAUACAAGCCUCCUCCUGGUAAAACAGUAGCUAGGGAUCUUAGCACUAUGCUAAGCCCUGAUUCAGAGGAGAAAGCUAAGCAGCUGAUUCUUGAGUACGCGCAUAGCGAAGAUACUACUGAUUACGAUCAAUGGUCAUCUUCUCAGGAUGAGUCAUCGAUGAUCACUGACUCAAUGUUCUUAGAUGAUUCCUCUGUUGACACUUUGUUUGCUACGACUAACACGAAGAAGUCGUCAGGGAAGAAGAAGCUUAUGCAUAAGCUGAUGAAGAUCUUGCACGGUAAAGAUCAUCAAGAAGAGAGGAAGAAGGGAGGUGGUUCGUCGGAACCGAGCAGCUCGAACACAGGUGCUCAUUCGACUCCUAGGAGGCUUCGACAAGCGCACUCUAUGGACUUUCAGAUGUGUGUGCGUGGCAAAGAGGAGGAGGAGGAGUUCAAGGAUCAUAUCAGGAUGUUGCGGCGUAAGAGCGAAGCAGCAGAGUCUUCUUCCAUGUGUGGAGAAGAAGAAGAAUGUUUGGAGUCAGAUCAAAAAGAGCUGAAUAAAUUGGCAGAUGCGCUGAAGAAAUCUCGGUCCACGAAGAAGCUGCAUAAGAAGUCUGUGUCGUUUUAUUUCUGA